AUGAGAGAUUUUGCUGAUAUAUUUGAGCCCAAAGUCGGAUGUGUACCUGGAAUCACUUGCUCCCUCGAGUUGCGCCCUAAUUCAAGACCAGUUUUCAUCAAAGAACGACCUGUCCCAUACGCUCUGUUGGAGAAGGUUAAUAUCGAACUGGACAAUCUCGAGAAAUCAGGCAUUAUUUCAAAAAUUGAAGUUAGUGACUGGGGUUCUCCUCUAGUCAUUAUUCCAAAGACUGACAAUUCGCUUCGUCUUUGUGUCGACUACAAGAUUGGCGUCAAUAAACAACUUAAAUCGGCUCAUUACCCCAUAAGAAAGAUUGAUGAUAUUCUCAAUAAUCUUCGAAAUUCAAAAUUUUUCUGCCAUUUGGAUCUUUUCAAAGCAUAUUUACAUAUUCAAGUAUGCGACGAAAGCAAGGCAAUUCAAACCAUCUCAACACAUCGAGGAACUUACCUCAUGAAUCGUCUUUCGUUUGGUAUCAAAACCGCGCCAAGCGAAUUCAACAGAAUUCUCGAUCAGAUUUUGGCUAAUCUAGAUGGAGUCAUGUCGUACUAUGACGACAUAAUCGUCCACGGCUCUACAUUUGAAGAGUGUAAGCAGAGACUGAUAGCUUGCCUCGAAAGGUUAAAAAAGAACGACUUGCAUCUGAACAAAGCAAAAUGUUCGUUUUUCAAAACGCAAGUUCAAUAUUUAGGAUACUGUGUUAGGUAUAACGAAAUUUCGAAAUGCCCUAAGAAAGUUGAGGCUAUUGCCAACAUGGAGGAACCAAAAAAUCCUGAUGAGCUACAUCGUUUCUUAGGAAUGGUUACCUAUUAUGCGAGGUUCAUACCUAGCCUGUCUUCAAUAACCUACCCUCUGCGUCAAUUGAUUCAUAAAGGAAGUCAAUGGGUUUGGACUCAAAAAUGCCAAAAGGCAUUUCAGCAGCUCAAAACGGAAAUCAUUAGCGAUCGAGUUCUCAUGCCAUAUGAUCCAUCGCUUCCAGUAAGUUUGGCUUGCGAUGCCGGUCCCACGGGAAUCGCUGGUGUUUUAUCUCACGACGUUAAUGGCGUAGAAAGGCCUAUAACCUUCAUAUCAAGAUCUUUGACAAACGCAGAAAAAAAUUACUCCCAACUUGACCGCGAGGCACUCGCAAUAAUUUUUUGUGUUUCAAGACUGUAUAUGUACCUUACUGGUCGUCCAUUCACGCUAAUCACUGAUAACCAGCCACUGACCAGAAUUUUACACCCGGAAACGAAGCUGCCAUCCUUUACGUCAGCGAGACUACUUCGAUACGCGACUUUUCUUCAAGAGUUCGACUACAAAGUUGUACACAGAAAAGCAGAGGAUCACAUACAUGUUGAUUGUCUCUCCAGAGCUACUUAUCCUACAUCACAAUCUAGCUCCUCUACAGAAUGCAUCAUGAGUCUCGAAGUUUCAACCCUUGAAGAUCAGAUCAUCAACCAGAUUUCUACUGACGUCAUCACCAGUUCAACUAUUGCUGAAGAAACAGCCAAGGACGCAUUUCUUUCAAACCUUCAUGAAGAUCUCAUUUCUGGAAAACGACGUGAUCCCGAAUACAGCACUUCCAAUGGCAUCAUUUUCAAGAAUCAACGAGUUUUUAUACCUGAAGCCCUUCAAAAAAGAGUUCUCUUGGAACUGCAUCGAACACAUGUGGGCAUCGUAAAAAUGAAACAGUUGGCAAGACGCCACUGCUUCUGGAAAAACAUCGACAAAGACAUAGAAGCUAUGGUAAAAAACUGCCAGGAAUGCGCACUAUCCCAGAAAAGUCCAGCUAAAGUUCCUCUCCAUCAUUGGGACGAUCCGCAGCAUAAUUUUGAACGCGUUCAUAUUGAUUAUGCUGGGCCGUUUUUGAAUCACCAUUUUCUUGUCCUUGUCGAUUCCAAGUCAAAGUGGGCUGAAAUUCGCAUCAUUAAAGACGCCCAGACGACUGCAACUACCAUAGAGCUGCUAUUGGACAUUUUUUGCACUCAUGGAUUCCCUGAAAUCAUGGUAUCAGAUAAUGCGACUAUUUUUCACAGUGACAUAUUCAAAACCUUCUGUCUGAACAAUGCCAUUUUGCAAAAGUUUAUAGCGCCAGGUCAUCCUGCAACUAACGGGUUGGCCGAACGUUAUAUACAAACCUUGAAACCAAAACUGAAGUGUAUGACCGAACCAGGUUCUAUUCAACACAAGGUACGCGAAAUAUUAUUCAGAUACAGAGCCACUCCUCUCCAGAAUGGCAAAACUCCAGCCGAAUUGUAUUUGAAUAGAAACAUUAGGUGCCAGCUCGACGUCUUCAAGCCUCCUACUUCAAAAAUCCAAAAACGAGUACAAUUCGACCUGCCACCAUCGCGACAAUUCAAAAUUGGGGACAAGGUAUUAGCAAGAUGGUAUUCGAAUAACAAGAAUACUUGGAAAUUUGGUUCGAUCAUCCAAAAAUUCGGACAUCUCCACUACCAAGUUGAACUUAAUAAUGGUUACCGGCUCAAACGACACACGAACCAGUUGAGAAAAGCCAACGUCGAUAUAUACCCCAACCGUCAGCCGCCCUUGCAACCUCCACAAAUUACUUUAGAUUCGGAAUCACCUGAAAUCAACCACCACUACGAAAAACUGGCGUCCCUGCUCCUACCAGCCAAUCCUCGAUCGGAUGUUAUUCCUGAUGUCGAAGCUGAACCUUCAGAAGUUGGACAAUCUCCAACAGUGGAAUCCGUCCGGUGA